AUGGCUUCCUCAGGGAGAACGUAUCUUGAGCGACCGGUUCCGUCCACGUCCCCUUCAUGUGGUACCAAACUCAGUCCACCAGCUCCCCAAACUCAGGUAUCCCUCCAAUCACCCAAAAUGUCACCAGAUUCCACCCUGACUCACUAUCAUCCUCCAUCCAACACAACUCCAUCGUCGGCAACACCUGUAUCUCACUUCUCAUCAGGUAGCAGUGCUGUUGGUCAAUGUGCUUCCAGUUGUGCUUCGUCUUCAUCAUCCCUCGGUGAUGGAUUUCUGCGUUCAGCUCUAACGUCCGCUGUGAACACAGAUAAUCUGAACAACAGCUGUCUCAAGCUUAGUAACCUGAAUGAGUCGCACACAGUGGGAAGUUCUACUGGAAAUGGGCUAUCAGUGCUCGGCUCUAUGUCUUCAGCCGCGAAAGUCGAUGCCAACUCGGCUGCCAUGAUGGCCAUGAUGAUGCGACCUCGCGCAAUGACUGCCGCUUCCAAUCCGACCCGUUCAAUGACGCCCACAAAAAACACAUCAAUUGCAAUGGCAUCCUCAGCUCCGGUUAGUGCCCCUACUCCGUCCAGCACAACCCCCGUUAAGAAAUCUUCUCGGCGCAAUCCGUGGGGCUCCGAAACUUACUCCGAUCUGAUUUCUAUCGCGAUUCAUUCGUAUCCGGAUCAACAAGCCACUCUACAACAGAUAUAUGAUUUCAUUAUCUCGAACUACGAGUAUUUCCGCGAGCGGAGUGACCCAACCAGUUCGGCAGGUUGGAAGGUAAGUCUUCUGAGUACUGUGUUGCUGCAAUUCAGACUGUUUGUACAUACAAAACUCUAA